CCCCCCCCGCGGGUCAGUAUAUAAGGCGCGCCGCCCCGCUGGAGCAUCAGUGUGUGGCCAGCUCUCAUUCCUCCCUGGUGCCAUGGCCCUUAAAGUGAUGCGCCUGGUCUUGCUGAUCCUGCUGGUGGUGGCCGCCAUCGCCCUGGCCAUGCCCGGCGGCGGCUACGGUCACGGCGGCGGCGGACACGGACACGGCGGCGGCGGCUACGGACACGGCGGAGGAGGAUACGGGAAGGGCCAUGGAGGCGGCGGCUAUGGCAAAGGACAUGGCGGCGGCGGCUAUGGCAAAGGACAUGGCGGCGGCGGCUAUGGCAAAGGACAUGGCGGUGGCGGCUAUGGCCAUGGCGGAGGAGGUCACGGCGGCGGUGGAUAUGGGCAUGGCGGCGGCGGCGGUUACGGCAAGGGGCAUGGUGGUGGCGGCUACGGGCAUGGCGGCGGAGGUCAUGGACAUGGCGGCGGAGGUUACGGAAAGGGCCAUGGCGGCGGUUAUGGCCAUGGCGGCGGCGGCGGCUACGGAAAGGGUCAUGGUGGUGGCGGCUACGGGCAUGGCGGCGGCGGUCAUGGACAUGGCGGUGGAGGUUACGGAAAGGGCCAUGGCGGCGGUUAUGGCCAUGGCGGCGGCGGCGGCUACGGAAAGGGUCAUGGUGGUGGCGGCUACGGGCAUGGCGGCGGCGGCUACGGACACGGUGGCGGCGGCGGCUAUGGGAAGGGGCAUGGUGGUGGUUAUGGCCAUGGCGGCGGCGGCUAUGGGAAAGGGCAUGGUGGUUAUGGCUACCACUAAAGGACUGAACGAACGAUGAAGGAAAGAGAAGAUGGAAGAAAAGAAUGAAAUCAAGAAGAAAAGAUGGAAAGAAGGAAGGGAAGAAGGGGGCAUAUCGCUCUCCGGCGUCGGCACUUUUUAUCUCAGGUUGUUUUCUGUUAAAUAAACACUAAUUGUCCCUUA